AUGGCUUCUUCUCCCACUGCCCCCGCUGGCGGGCCUGGGCCUUCGCCGGUCCUCAGUACGGUCCUGAGGCCUGGUGAAACCCCUCUAGAAGCAGCUUCGAGAGGCGAAGAGGCGCUAGCGGAAGCCUACAGCAAAAUGGUCCACACCCUGGAGACGGAGAAGCAGAAGGCGCAUCAAGCGUGGGUUCUAGUAGAAGAACGAUAUACGAAAAUGGAAGAGUGGUGCGAAAUUUUGAAGGGGCAGACGGAAGAUUAUGGACAGUGGUCUUUUUAGAUUUAUCAAUAAGUGAUUUUUGGAGAAGACGCACGGUGGAAUUCAUUUUUUUGUACCUCCCUGAAGCAUGUCAUUUGUUUAUUUACCACUCAUGAGACUCAUGGUAGAGAUUCUACUGGUUGCUAAAGUCGGGCUAGUAAAUUAGGAUGAUUGAUGGUGAAUGCUCCAUGAAGAUUUCAGGUUCAACAUCCGCAUACUAUUUUUGAAGUAGAUACCCACCCUUUAAGAAAAAUGGUGCGCAGCUGAGCGUGCGAAGAUUGCAGAUGCAUGGAAAGAAAUAGAGGAUACGCGACACAGACUCCACGUUCUCACGCCCACAGAGGAUAAAAUCCUAAAGAUAAAUUGCAGUGGAGAAAAGUUCCAAAUCAAGAAAGGUAAUGUUGAAAGUUUUUCUCGUCAUUUUUCCUGGAAUGUAAAUGCGAUGCUGCAGUUGCGGUUGGUUCUUCUAAAGUAGAUUUUGUUAUAUCAUACAAUACCAAUUGCAAUUCCUUCGCGUCACUGCUUUUACUUAUCCAAUCAACAAGGUGCCCUCGCAUGUGUCCCAGAUUGUCAUUUGAAUGCGAUGUUCGGAGAGGAAAGCACACUCGAAAAGGACGAUCUCGGACGCUUCUACCUGGAUUUCAAUCCUGUUUGCUUUGCCCUCAUACUCGACUUCAUCAAGAACAAGGCGCUGGCAGAGAAAAGUAUCAUCUAGACUUCUGCUCGUUCCCAGUGUUACAAAAGAGAUUCUCAGGGUAGUGUCACUGUCACAGUUCAACCUAUGUCGUUCUGCAAGCCUAUCCCUGUCCCUACACUACAGGUGGGUAUCUCCUAUAAUCUCCUGUCUUUGAACAAGUCUUCCAACAUGCUGAUGUAACUAAUUAACUUACACCCCGUGAGUGGGUACAUCUAUCUAUCUAUCUAUCUAUCUAUCCCACCCACCUCCCAGAUGCAUCUCCGCCUCUGCCUCUAAUUCCGAAGGAACACAAAGGAAACAUGGAUGUGCUCUGCGAGGCUUUGAAAUUCCACUAUUUCUUGCCCCCGAAUGAGAUGCUUCUGAAACAUGGAACUUCGUUGAUAGUUUCCUUAUGGCACGAUAUGUUCUGAGGUGCACAAAGGAUCAGUGCAGCUUGGUGUGUUUUUCUUCCUCCUGAUGACACUUUCCAACCUGUUUAGUCUCGUGAGUACCACAACUUGCCCACCCACAUGCCUGCUUCUAACCAAGUCCACAGUCGUUGAGUCGAGCGUUGAUGGGUGGCAGUUUAUCUCUGGCCAAUAUCCGCUACGAUCGACGCAGCGUUCGUAUUUCGAGGUCAAGGUAGAACGCAACGCGGAUACUAAAGGUGGUUUGGCGAUUGGAGUGUGUGGAAAGCAACCUAGCGGCAAUGAUAUCCACCAUUUGAAACAGAGACUAGGUAAUUAUAGUAGUUUUAGAUCAUCGUGUUGGUAGUUUCUCGAAAUGGACUUGUUAGGAAAUGAUUUCGAGAGUAUCUAUUUAAUUCUAAUAGAUACAUAGCCAUAGCUGCACUCUCAAGCUCAACGCUACGGUCAUCAAAGGUAUCGUCUACAAUAGUUCCAACGGAAUUAUUGACACGGAGGCGACCGCAGUAACAGACGGCAUGAAGCAGGUGAUGUUUAAAGAGGGGUGCGUCGUUGGCGUCGAAUAUGAUCCGCAGAAAAACACAGUUUCCUGGUUCUUCAAUACGCAUUAUGGCUCCUGUGGUAAGGUAAAUGAAUGAAUGGCUCAUCUGGAUGUUCACUUUUAUAGAUUUGAGUAGAACGAGUUCUCUCCAUCACUAUCACUAUCUUUUUUCGUGUACGAGAUACAGAUGGCAUCAAUUAUAUCAACAUUUCUACUCCCCAAAGUCAGUACUAGGACUGGACUAGUUACGACUAGAUUAUCUCGAUCUACUCGCCUGCUCUAACCUGAGUUGAUCGGCACCUGUGGCGUGAACCAUGCGAUCAUGCACGAGUUUGGCGUGGUAUAUCCGGUUUUCGGAUUAUACGCUAAAGGCCAGAAAAUUCGAGUGGAUUUCCAAGCACUACCACCACCAAAGAUUUCGGCUCAUUAGAGGUGGUGGAGCAGUUGUUGUGGAGCGGGUCCUCAUGCGGACAACGUUUGGAGGGGUAGGGGGGAUGCUGCAAAACAAAAGAUUUGAAGAGUUGCAAUUUCAAUGAUGAGCAUCAGACAUCAGAAAAGUAGUACGAAAACGAAAUUAACAUGAUUGAAGAUAGACGCUAGUAGCGAGUCUAGUAAAGGUAGAAGAUAUGCAUAUUUGAAAUAUCCAGUUGCAUGUAAAACAUGCAACUGGAUAUAUAUUAUGCUGAAAUUUAUUGGAAAUUCUAGUAUUGGAACAAAUUCAUUCAGUGUUAAUUAUAUAUACCGAUUUGUACAAAGUUUUGUGCUCAUCCAAGUAAAAAAAAUAGAAGUUUGCAUACAGAUAAACAUCAAAGUCAUCAAAGAAACAAACUAUUCCGUUCGAAGAACAUAGAAGCGUAAAAGUACGAUAGGUGCAUAAGCACAGAAAAGAUGAUAAAAGCUCAAAAACAAAAUUCCUUUUUAAAACCUCCAGUGUACGAUUUUCUUUGGGUCUGUCGUAUGGAUUCAGGAUAGCGUUGCGCAGAUGAGAUUACUUAUUUCCAAGUGCAACCAGCAUUGCCUGCAUCAAGGAAUACAGCCGCGAGGCACUCGUUUAUUAACUCCCUUCAAG